AUGGUUCGUUCAUUCAUGGAGAUGGACAGCAUUCAGCCUAACCAGGCUCUCCUGGACGCCAGCGAUCCCACAGAGCGUCAUUUUGCUGCCACACACAAGCGCUCAACGGACGGGGCCAUCAAUCGCUUCUUCUCGCUGGAACGCAAAUUUCGUCGGCAUCCAGAAUUGAAGCAGCAGUACGAAGCCUUCCUGGACGACUACUUGCAACGUGGACAUAUGGAACAACUGACCUCGGCUCAGGUUGAGGAGUCCCCAGACACCUGCUUCUAUUUGCCGCACCACGCUGUCAUCAAACUGGACAGUCUGACUACCAAAUGUCGUGUAGUUUUUGAUGGAUCAGGAAAGGACAGCUCUGGAGUAUCGCUCAAUGACAGACUACAUAUUGGUCCACCGAUUCAACGCGAUCUUCUUGGCGUUUGUCUACGCUUCCGGCAGCACCAAUAUGUUUUAUGCGCAGAUGUCGAAAAGAUGUUUCGAGGCAUUAAAAUCUUUAAGCCACACACCAAUUAUCAGCGCAUUGUUUGGCGCAAGACUGAGAAUGAACCUCUGCUUCAUUUUCGCCUGCUGACGGUUACCUACGGAUUGGCACCGUCACCAUUUCUGGCUGUUCGAGUUCUAAAGCAACUUGCCGACGAUCAUGGCUAUGAAUACCCUGCAGCAGCUCACGCUCUUCUGCACGAUGCCUAUGUGGACGAUAUCCCUACAGGCGCCAACACAUUCGAGGAGCUUAUGAUUCUCAAGGACGAACUUAUAGCCCUCUUGGAUAAGGGAAAAUUCAAGCUACGCAAAUGGUGUUCUAAUAGUUGGCGUCUUCUGAAAUCAUUACCAGAGGAAGAUAGAUGUUUUGAACCUAUCCAGCUCCUCAACAAAUCAGCUGCGGAUUCACCUGUCAAAGUUCUUGGUAUCCAAUGGAAUCCUGGGAAGGACGUUCUGUAUCUCAACCUAAAGGGAUGCGAUGCGACCAUUUCUCCGACGAAAAGAGAACUCUUGUCUCAGCUAUCAAGAAUUUAUGAUCCGCUUGGACUGGUAGCGCCGGUCACAGUUCUACUCAAGUUAAUCUUCCAAGAAAGCUGGACAAGUGUCCUGCAGUGGGACGACCCCAUUCCUGAAAGUCUACGUACGCGCUGGAGAGCCUUAGUAGAGGAUUUGCCAGCACUUACGCAAUGCCAAGUACCACGCACGAGCUGCUGGACAGAUUCAGAAAAUGUGCUACACUGGCUUUCACCUCCCCCUCGACGGUGGAACACCUACGUCUGCAACCGAACUUCUGAGAUAUUGAGCGACUUUCCCCGUAGCUGCUGGAACCAUGUUCGCACGGAAGACAAUCCUGCUGAUUGUGCUUCCCGAGGACUUCAUCCGUCAAAGCUUCUGGAGCAUCGACUGUGGUGGAAAGGUCCGUCCUGGCUGGCCACACCCACCUCUGAGUGGCCACCUUCUACAAGCAAGUUCAGCGUAUCUUCAAGUUUCGAGGUCAACACCGAAGAACGAGCCAUAAAGCCCACGACUCUACAUAACUUUCCUGAUGAAAGUAUACACGAGUUACUCAUCCACAAAUUCUCAACCUGGACGCGUCUUAUAAGGGUAUCUAGCUACUGUCAUCGCUUUAUUCACACUCUUCGAUCUCAUCAUAGGAAUUCGGCAACAUUCCUUACGUCUGAAGAGUUGCUGGACGCACAGCGCCGACUUAUUCGACAUGUGCAUCAAAAAUCCUUUGCCAGAGAAUAUGCGCAGCUAGAGAAUCGACGCCAGCUUAACGCUAAAUCGCAUCUUAUCCGGUUUUCUCCGUUUCUGGACGAUUAUGGAGUAAUGCGAGUCGGUGGGAGAAUCGAGCAAUCUACACUCAACUACAACGCCAAGCACACGAUUCUGAUACCUAAAGAUACACCACUAGCUGGACUGCUGGUUCGACAUUUUCAUGUCUCCUAUCUGCACACUGGAGUUGAUGCAACGUUCACCAAUCUUCGUCAGCAGUACUGGAUUCUGGGAGCCCGCAAUCUCGUCAGAAAGGCAGUUUUCCAAUGCAAAUCCUGUUUUCUUCAACGAAAGGGCACAAGCAACCAGAUCAUGGGAGAGCUACCAAUUCCUCGAGUUCAAGCUAGCCGCUGCUUUCAACACACAGGGCUGGACUACGCUGGACCGAUCGCAAUCAAGGAAUCAAAAGGAAGAACUCCACGCAUCGGAAAGGCAUGGUUUUCUAUUUUCGUGUGCCUCACUACAAAGGCAAUUCACAUCGAGGUUGUUAGUGAGCUAACUACACAGGCUUUCAUCGCAGCCUUUCAACGAUUCAUUGCCCGCCGAGCGAAGCCUACUGACCUGUAUUCGGACAACGGAACUACAUUUCAUGGAGGCAAGCGAACUUUGGAUGACAUGAGACGUCUGGCCAUUCAACAAGCCAAAGAUGAGGAACUAGCAGGAUUCUUUGCCAAUGAAGGGAUUUCUUGGCACUUUAUACCCCCGUCUGCUCCCCAUUUUGGAGGGAUGUGGGAAGCUGGAGUUCGACGCACGCCUAUUCGCUGA